UGUUGGUUGGGUGGUGGUUAGUAGAGAUGAUAAAUCUAAAAUUUCAUGAUUUUGGUGAAAAUUUUUGGGUGUGUCAAUUGGCUCAGUUGAUGAAGUUAUUGAGAAUUGAUAUUAGUGAUGGGAUCUGAGAACUACCAUUUUGUUUAUUGAAUCUUGCUUGAGGAAUCACCAUUUUGCUGGUUGAAGCUUGCUUAUAUGAAGUUGGUGCAAUGUGCAUUUAGAAUCGAGGAAGGAGAAGAGAACCACAUUAGGGAAAAAAAUAAAGGAUGGAAAGGGGCGUUCUACAAAUAUCACACCCUCGAUUAUUUGUAUUUACAUAAUGACUCGGGAAAAGUCAUGGUAAUUUAAGUAAAACCCUUUUAUGUUAGUUAUAUAUCUAAAUUAAUGAGAAAUUUUAAUUAUUGGUUGUGGUUUUUUUUUUUUGAUGAUAAUUAUAGGUUGUGGUUAUGCGCAAGAAAGUUGGAUGUUGAAUUGCUGACCAUUUCUUAAAUAACUUUAAUCAUUGGUAUUCAUCUUCUGACCACUCAAUGUGUAUAACAUUAUUUUGACGUUUACUUGGUGUUCCAAUGGUUGGUGGGAUUAAGGUUGUUGAAAAAAAAGAAAAGAAAAGUUCGAAGGGGUGAGAGAGAGUUUUGGAUCUCUCCUUGAAAUAACUUCAACCAUAUGUCCGUGUCCAUUUGUACGAAAGAAAUCAAUUUGCUUUCUGAUUCACCCUUUAGAUACUUGAGACAAUUGACAAGCGGCAACCUUAUCAUGGGUCAAAUUGACCAAACUAUGAUGCCUGCAAUAGCUUCUUUCUAUGGUCGGUUUGAUGGAUUUACGGAACGAAGUAUGCUAAUCCGAACUCCCGUGCCUUCCAAAAAUAAAAUAAAUUAAUUCAAUGACGCUUAUAGUUGCACGAACAAGUUGAUGGGGAGGUUCUUUUUCUUGUUGAUUCAGCUGCCUCGUCCUCCUUCCAUGGUGUAAAAGAGUAGGAGAUUACCGAUAGGAUGAAUCUCUCCUCAAAACACUCGUCACUUCCCUUUCGUUACAUUGGAUGGUGAAAUGGGACGCUGGGUUGGUGAGGCCCACCCUGCACUACCGUGCUCACGUUUCAUCGAUAGAGACCGACCGCAGCAGCGGGUGGAUAGGAAUGGAAAGGGGAGAGUCCAAUUUUCUGCCUCCACGAAUAGUCCAACAAAAAUACAAAGCACAUGCGGGACGUAAGCAGUGGUUGACCGGGCCGAGGGAGGGGAUAGCGAGUUUCGUCGGCUGGAGGAUCGGAGACCAAGCGGACCAAAUGGCUGACAUGGCCUUUGGGAAGAUGCCCCGCCAGCUCCUCCUCUACUCCAUUUUCCAAACGUGACGGCCCAGCAACAAUAGAUGAGAGAGGGAGAUAAGAGGGUACCGCCUGUAUUCCAGCCUGUUAAACACCCACCUCCCUCCCAGUUUAGAGAGAGAGAAGGGAUUGAUGGUUUCUUCAGGGAUCUCCUUGUAUGGCGUCGGCACCUAUGCGGCUGGAAUUGCUGGUAACCUCUUUGCAUUUGUGCUGUUUGUCUCACCGAUACCCACGUUCAAAAGAAUUGUCAAAAACAAAUCAAUAGAGCAAUUCUCAGGGUUACCCUAUGUGUGCUCCCUCUUGAACUGCUUGAUCUGCAUGUGGUAUGGUCUUCCCUGUGUCUCCUAUGGUGUAAUCUUGGUUGCUACAGUCAAUUCCAUUGGUGCUGCUUUUCAGCUGGUCUAUGUCACCCUCUUCAUUAUAUAUGCAGAUACUACAAGAAGGCUGAAGAUGUCUGGAUUGCUGAUAGCGGUUUUCUGCGUUUUUUCUCUCAUCAUAUAUGUCAGCCUUGAGUUGUUUGAUCACCAAGCACGGCAAACUUUUGUUGGAUAUCUAAGUGUUGCUUCCCUCGUUUCCAUGUUUGCAUCCCCUUUAUUUAUCAUUAACUCGGUAAUACAGACAAGGAGUGUCGAAUUCAUGCCGUUCUACCUAUCCCUUACAACCUUUUUGAUGAGUGUAUCAUUUUUUGCAUAUGGGAUGCUGCUGCAUGACUUUUUCAUAUAUAUUCCAAAUGGGAUUGGAACAGUGUUGGGGGUCAUACAAUUGCUGCUAUAUGCAUAUUAUAGCAGGGAAGCAAGAGAAGAGUCUAGGUUGCCAUUGCUAAGGUCAGAUGGAUGUCUCUGAUCUCAAAAAGGUCAAGUGUGGAUGACUCUGAUCUCAAAAAGUUGCAACCAACAAGAAUCAGCAAGUGCAAGAAACAAAUGCCUCAAGAUGUGAAGUUUGUGCCAUCUCCUUCGCCAUGCUCUCUUAUGCUACUCUUGAAUAUCUUUUCAUUAAUGUAAUUCUAAGAGCUUUUGGAGGAGAAAGGUUUGUAGCUCUAGACAUGACAUUUGAUUGAUUUUUAAAAAGGUGGGUUUGUCAGGAAUACGUUCUCCUUGUCUCUAUCAACCUUAUCUGUAAUGGAACAUGAGGCAGAUAAUUCCUUGAAGUCAUGCAAGAAAAACUUGCACUUGGAACAUCCUUCUCCAUCAGACUUUACCUGUUGGUGUCAAUGUCAUAUUUCUGUAUCAGAUCUUU